AUGAUAUGUGGUCAAGCGGUGGAUUAUGAAGUGAGGCUGGCUGAGUCUGGCAACAGAUGCUCUGGCAGAGUGGAGAUCUUCUACAAUGGCGUGUGGGGAACCGUGUGUGACGACCUCUGGGAUAUGAACGACGCCGAGGUGGUCUGCAGACAGCUUGGUUGUGGCAAUGCUACAUCAGCAAUGCCAAACGCACAAUACGGAUGGGGCUUCGGACCGAUCUGGCUGGAUGAUAUCCAGUGUUUGGGAAGUGAGGCAUCAUUAAUGGAUUGUCCACAUCAAGGUUUGGGAGUGCACAACUGCUUCCAUGGGGAGGAUGCAAGUGUAGAGUGUGAAGGUGAUGGAGGUAACGUCUCGCCUGCUCCCUCACUGAACUCCUCAGUGAGGCUGGUCGGCUCAGACAGCAGAUGCUCCGGGAGAGUGGAGGUCCAAAUCAACGGCCAGUGGGGCACCGUGUGCGACGACCUCUGGGAUCUCGGGGAUGCUCAGGUGGUCUGUCAGCAACUUGGCUGCGGCAAUGCGACCUCGUCUCUGCGUGGUGCAGCGUUUGGUCAGGGCACGGGACCGAUCUGGUUCGAUGAUGUGGAGUGUUUUGGAAACGAGUCGUCAAUAAUGGACUGUAGACACUCCGGAGUGGGAUCCCACAACUGUGGCCACAGAGAGGAUGCAAGUGUCACCUGCGAAGGUGAAACUGGCAACAACUCAACCGUUUCAUCUUCAUCGGAGAGUUGGGAAGCGAGGCUGGUCGGCUCCGACAGCAGAUGCUCCGGGAGAGUGGAGGUCUACCUCAAUGGCCAGUGGGGGACGGUGUGCGAUGACUCCUGGGACCUGAACGAUGCUCAGGUGGUCUGUCAACAACUUGGUUGUGGCAAUGCCAGCCUUUCGGCACAAGGUGGGAGGUUCGGUGAAGGCAGAGGACCAAUCUGGCUGGACAACGUCCAGUGUUACGGGAACGAGUCGUCACUUACAGAGUGCAGACAUUCAGGAGUCGGAUUCCACAACUGUGGUCAUGAAGAGGAUGCUGGUGUCAUCUGUGAAGAUUUUUUCACAACUACUCAAACUCGACCAACACCAGCGAUGUCUCGAGUGAGGCUGGCCGGCUCUCUGGACAGAUGUGCUGGCAGAGUGGAGGUCUUCGUCAACGGCCAGUGGGGGACUCUGUGUGACAACUCCUGGGACGUGAGCGAUGCUGACGUGGUCUGUCAACAACUCGGUUGUGGCAAUGCCAACCUGACGCUACAUGAUGCUGCAUUUGAUGACACUGACUCACACAGCCUGGGAGAUCGACAAGUCAGGGUGAUGGACUCGGGCAACAACUGCUCCGGUGUGAUAGAGGUCUUCUAUAAUGGCGUUUGGAGGAUGGUGUGUGACACGGUGUGGGACAUGAAUGAUGCUCAGGUGGUGUGUCGACAGCUGGGAUGUGGCCGGGCUCUGGCUGCGGAAGACUACAGCAUGAUUGGCCCACUCAUAACACCGGUCAUCGCGCCAGAGGGUGUUUCAGGUCUCGGUCCCAAACCCUCAGCCUACAUGAAUCUUUACCGUGACAGCUUCUUCUCUGAGGGAUACCCCUUUGGCAUGGUCACGCUCCCGCCAGGCUCGUCCUUAUAUGUCAAGGUGUCGGUGAAUCAGAGGGGAACGGACUGGGCAGUGGUUUUGGAGGACUGCUACGUCACUCACACCCAUCGGCACGACGGCCCGGUGCACUACUAUCUCAUUCGUAACAAGUGUCCUGUGGACUCCAGCCGUGUGUCGCUGAGGCCGAGCCGCGUGACGGGCAGCGCUUAUUUUACUGCCAGGCCCUUUCCUACCUUGGACAGUAACCCAUACAUCUUCCUGCACUGCAGAGUGAUGCUGUGCGACAACAACGUCAAUACCUGCAAUCCAUCUUGCCGGUUUCGGGUCCGUCGCUCUGCUCCCAGCGGAGCUCAGCUCGUUCCUCUCACCAUUGGACCAAUCACUUGGGAGAAAUGA